ACCAGCCGUUCAAACCAGCCAACACGAACAGCUAAUUUUGGAAGGUUGAAAUAUAGUCCGUAUAAGAAACAAAAAUGAUAGGAAAGGACAAGAAAAUGGUUGUUUAAUUUUAUUUUUUGGAUCCAUGGAAGGAGGAGUCGUCGAUCGAUUGAAUAUCGGGGUAGCACAACUCGAUUUGGAUGAAGAACAAGAGGGGCUUUCGUUUCUUCCUGACGGUGGGGCGCCGCCGGCUGAAAUUAACCUCCACACCUCGACGAUUGUUGGUCGAUUUCUCACAGAUAUGGUUAUCAAGUUUGACAUAAUGCAAAGGGUUAUGGCUGCCGCUUGGAAACCAGCGUUAGGGGUGCGAAUUGUGCAAAAGGAUGAUAACCUAUAUCUCUUUCACUUCUUCCAUAUGAAAGAUGCAACCCGAAUCAUUGAAGAGGGUCCAUGGUCAUUUGAUAAUGCAACAUUAGUGAUGAAACUCCUUAGUCCAGGGGAGGUUGUUGAGGCAAAGGACCUGAAUAUGGUUCAGAUGUGGGUGCAAAUUUAUGAUCUCCCGGAUGGGUAUACUUCGUUGGAAAUUCUAGAGGCAGUGGAGUUGGAACCAGAGGAGUACCCUUUUGAUGCAUCUCUCCGGGCAGGGGGGAGGAAAAAGGAUACUAGUUAUGGUCUACAAUGGUUGCGCUUUGACAAUCCUUCAUUGGGGGAAGGCGGCGGGUUCUGGGUUCCAGGCCCGCCGAGAGCAAUGAGUAUCAUCAGUUGGAACUGCCGCGGGCUGGGCAACCUGCGGACAGUUCAGGAAGUGGCGGAGCUCGUCUUCGCUAAAAAGCUUGAUUUUGUUUUUCUGAUGGAAACUAAAGGUGCUCGUGAUAAGGCUGAAGUUCUUCGUGUUAAGAUUGGUUUUGAGGGAUUGUUUGCUGUGGACAGUGUUGGUGCAAGUGGUGGUUUGGCAUUACUCUGGAGGUCAAACCGCUCGGUUAAUCUCAUUAGUUACUUACGGUUUCAUGUUGAUGUUAUGGUCUCCUUGAAAGGUGCUCUCCCUUGGAGGCUCACUGGAUUUUAUGGGAAUCCUAGAAGAGACCUUCGACAAACCUCGUGGGAUCUCCUUCGCUCAUUAAAGGUCAGAUCUUCUUUACCGUGGGUGGUCAUCGGUGAUUUCAAUGCGGUUUGUGCUUCUUCUGAGAAGAGAGGGGGUCAGCCUCAACCUCUUUCAUUGAUUUCUGCUUUUAAUUCAACUUUGGCGGAGUGUCGUUUGUUUGAUCUUGGUAUGCAGGGAUACCCUUUCACGUGGGAGCCGGGUAGAGGCACGGAGAAUUGGGUUGAAGAACGUCUGGAUCGUGCCGUUAGUACUUGUGAAUGGUGUGUGCUUCAUCCCCAUGCUUGCGUAAUAAAUCACCCCAUGCGGACAUCUGACCAUUCUGCUUUGUUUUUAUGUCUAACUAAACCGUGUACUCAGCGGCGGAUGAAACAGUUCCGGUUUGAAAAUGCAUGGCUUCGUGAUGACGGUUAUAAGGAUGUGAUCAAGGAGGCCUGGAAUUCAUCGUCAACACUUUCUCUCCACGACAGGUUGGGUUAUUGUGGUAAGAAGUUGAUGGCUUCAGGGGUGAUAAGAUGCAUAAAUUUGAGCAUUAUGGCAGCCCAGGAGUUGGUUAAAGCGGGGGUACGCAGGCGUAUUGGGAAUGGGGUCGAAACAAUGGCGUGGGGUACGCCGUGGUUGUUGGACCGAGAUAACCCGUUUCUUCACACCGUGUUAGCUUCACCAAGUGCUAACUUGCCGGUGCAGAUGAUUCCAUGUUGCCCUCGGCGUAAAGAUAACUGGUUUUGGAUUGGUAGUGAGAACGGCCUUUACUCAGUGAAGUCAGGGUAUCGUAGGAUUAUGGGGGAGGCUACCCAAACUCCAGGUUUUUCACAAUGGAGCCGACUGUGGAGGAUUCCAGUAGCUCCCAAAGUAAAGGUUUGUGUUUGGCGUGCACUGCGAGGAAUCCUCCCAACUGUUUCGGCCUUGAAUUCCAAAGGUUUGGAAAUUGAUAAUUGUUGUUCCAUUUGUGGCCAGCUGAGUGAAACAGUGGAUCAUUUGUUUCUUCGUUGCCCGUUUGCAGAAUAUGUGUGGGAACGCAGUAGCUUCCGGGUGGCUAAUCGAUCGGCGGCGAGUUCGUUCUCGAACUGGGUUCAGCUGGUGUUUCAGACAGCCACGUCCAGUGAGCUAAUCCACAUUGUGUGGACAAUCUGGAUGAUUUGGAAGUGUAGGAAUGCAGCCGUAUGGGAACAACGGGUGCCAACCCCAGAGGUAACAGUUCGCAUGGUGCUGAAUUUUUCGAAAGGGUGGGAGAAUAAUCAUAGAGAGGAUCCCCCCACCUUAACUCCUUCGGCAGAGAGGGUUUUCCCCCCUGAAGCUGCCCAUUGUUUUUUUGAUGCUGCUCUAUUCCAUGCUUCGGGUCUGGUUGGUGCUUGUGGAGUGAUUUUCUCCUCUUCUAAGGAAUUUCAAGCGGCUUUUGCUCGACGGUUGUGGUGCCCGCAAGAUCCAUUGUUGGCAGAAGCUGUGGCAUGCCGGGAGACUUUGUCGUGGCUCAAAAGUCUUGGAGUCCAGGUUGCUGUUAUUUUUUCUGAUUGUUUUCGUGUCGUAGAGGCAAUUAAUGAUAGUGGUGUGUCGGAUUGUGCUUCUUAUUUCGGGUCUUUGAUUGAUGACUGUAAGGCCCUCAUGGCCUCGUUUGAAUCUGUUUUGGUUUCUCAUGUUCGUAGAAGUCUCAAUGUGGUAGCGCAUACGUUAGCUAGGCGGGUUGAAACUCAGACAGGUGAUUGGGAUUUUGCCCCCCCUGAUUUUCUUAUGUCUCUUUUGAAUUAAUGAAAGUUGGUUGUUCUCAAAAAAAAUAUAUAAUAAAACUCUUUUUUUAUCAAUAUCUAACAAUUUUUUAGUACAACUGGACAAAUAUUAAUUACUCCGUAUUAAUUGCCGGGUAUUAAUGGGGUUGACUAGUUUAGUUAUAAUACUUUCUCCGUCUGAAAAUGUUCUUCCCAUUUGACUUUUCACGGCCUCCAAUAUUGCACUUUGACCAUUAAUAUCUAUAUUUAGACAUAAAUAUAUUUUAUAAAAAUUUGAUAUUUGAAAACUACGUUUCAUUAUGAAUAUAUUGAUAUUAAAUUU